AAUAUAUAAUUUACUGCGCGGUAUAACAGAUGUUUGGCAACAAAACACCCCUAGUUCAAUGUUUGUAUAUCUCCAUAUGUAUAUGAGUAAUAUUCUAACUCAUGAGUACAUUUAAUGUGCUCUGCUUUCAAAACAAUUGGUAACCGUUAAACAGACUACCGGUGUUUUUAAGAAACUCAGUUUAUUAUUUAUAUAUUUAUACGAACUAAACAACUUAACAUAUUUUUGUUUUGACAGGCGACGAUCUCAGUCUGAUUUAUCUUUUUGUUUUUUCUUUUCUUUUUUGCAACGUAUUUGUUUUGUAGUCUUGAACGUCUCCUUGUUUGAGUUCGCUCGGCCGUACCGGAGUUUGUGACAACACCUGACAUCUGUGUCUGGACAACUGUAGUAUAAGCGUUGAAGUCGACCAAAGAAGGUGUUUGGGUCCCGAUACGAUGGCCGGAAGAUUUUUAACGCGAUGCAUGAACAGGACCUUGCUGGAUUUUGCAUCCGGCACAAAUUCGACUACGACCAGAGGGACACACCGGUAUCUCUGGGCAAUGUUCAGACGGACGGCCCCUACUCUUAUUAGCAGACGAGCUGUGUUCCUCCUGGGCAUCCCUGCAAUAUCAUGUCUGGGUUAUGAAACUUAUCGCAAAGCUCAGAGUUCAGCUGUGGUCUGCGCAUUGGGAAAAGAGGAGGUCUUGGAGCAGGCGGACUACCUGUACAGCUGUGCAGAGACAGAGAAACUCUACCAGCUGCUGAUCCAGUACAAAGACAGUCAUGACGCAGAGUUCCUGUGGCGACUGGCCCGGGCGUCUCGGAGCCUCGCCGUCCUUCCCACCACGGAGGCUGAACGCAAGAAGCAGCUCACGUUCGAGGCCUUUGAAUAUGCAAAGGAAGCACUAGAGAAAAAUGACAAGUGUUCCGCUGCACACAAAUGGUACGCCAUAUGUCUCAGUGACACUGGGGACUUCCAGGGAGUCAAGGUUAAAAUAGGAAAUUCGUACAUCAUAAGGGAGCACCUGGAGAGAGCCAUCGAGCUUGAUCCCAAAGACGCCACUUCCUUACACAUUCUGGGUUUCUGGUGCUUUGCUUUUGCAGAGUUGCCGUGGUAUCAACACAAGGUGGCAGCUGUUCUUUUCAAAUCACCACCUCAAUCCACGUACGAGGAGGCUUUGGACUUCUUCCUGAAAGCAGAAGAAAUUGAUCCGAACUUCUACAGUAAAAACCUGCUGAUGCUGGGGAAGACAUACAUGGCCAUGAAAGACAAGCAGAAAGCUCUGCUGUGGCUAACCAAGGCUAAAGAGUACCCCGCUCACACACUGGAAGACAAAGAGGUCCAUAAAGAAGCGGUGGACCUCUUGAAGAAGCUCGGAUGAAGCGCCGAGUGGAGCAACACGAUGCCUUUUUCAGGACUUGUGGACUGUUCACAGCUGCUAGCAAAAUGUUUUGUUUAUGGUGUGCUUAAUUAUUAAUAAUAACCUUGAACUGCCAGUGGCUUCACGCACAGAAACCACUAAUGCCUUCAAGAGAUAAUAAAAUAUCAUCCAACUUGUUGCUAUAAUGUGGAGCUUUAGUAAACCUUCAGUCACUGUGGACCUUUUAAAACAACGUAAGGAAGAGUAUACUUCAUGUGUUUUAAGGGCUAAAUGUAUGAAAGUUGUUGCUUUCUUGAAGCAUGAAAAUGAUAUUGUAAAUGACAUUUUAAUAACCAGACUAUAUCAGUAUCUUAAUGGUGGAAAAGCUAGCAGCUAAUUUCUCAUUUUUCCUCUCGGGACUUUAACCCUAUUUGAAUCUUUUCAAUUACUUACUGUAAUGUUUAUUUUAUUUUUUAUUUUUUUUUGUGCAAUGCGGGGUUUGCUUUUUCGGAUAAAAAUGUUAUUUGUUUUAUUUUUUUGGGAUAUUUGAUGAGUGCAUUCCUGAAAACUAAGCUCUGUUUAAAAUCUACCGGAAAACCAAAUGACCACAUCAGUUUUUAGCAGAGCUUUUACUGAGCUGCUCUGUCUGUCAGAGACGCAGUGAGUCAGCCGGCGUCAGUGAGUGCAUUUGUUUUGUAUAUUAGUUUAAGAGCGCCGACGUAUCAUGUAAAUUGCAUUAAAAAUGAGUUGAAGGCAGCACCAUGUCACUGAAGACAAGGAUAAAUUAAUUUUUUCAGCAAUUCUGAGCAGGCGGCCUCCAGUAAAACCACAUAAUGAAAGGAAGGAAGGCAGCAUGAGCAAUGAGGGACUUGACUCACUUAUGUUACAGCCUUGAGCCGUGGGCAGUGUUGCUCCCCUCUGAUGUGUCUAUCUGUUCUAUCUAGUGCAGUGAUUCUCAAAGUGUGGGGCGCGCCCCACUGGUGGUGAAUGGAAACAUGACAAAUCUGUCCGGUAGAAAUCCCCCUUCUGGCCUAGUUCAUAGUGAACAGGAGCGACACGAGCGCUGCACAUCUGUUCAAAGUGCAAAUGGUGGAUGUGUGAUGCACGGGUCAUGAGAUACAACGUUUACACACUGGGGGUAGCAACAGAGGAGUUUAUUGAGAUAGAAUAAUUUCUUUAAACGGCUCUGAGGUGAGGUUGCAAAAAUAUCUACUGAGGAGGAAUGCAUUAUUUUAUUGUAAGUCAUCUUGAUUUAUUUAAAGCUGCAUUUACUUUUUGUCUUUAUUUAUAAGUGAGAAAGGGGCGGAGAUAUAGGCUACGUUACUCCCUUCACUACUCAUUUUCAGACAUCAAACUUAAUAAACUAAAUAAAUUAACGAAUAUUAGGGCCACCCAUGAGAAAGAAAAUAGAGGAAGUAUUUUUUUUUUUUAUCAUGCACUGAAAAAAAAGUCGAAAUUUCGAGAAGAAAGUACAAGUAGACCUUUAAACCAGCAGCACUGUAUGCGUAUGGUACCGCAGAUACUCCGUGGAAGAGUAUCGAUGGCGUGAAUGUUGUCACACACUGUUGCCUCGUCCUUUGAGGGGGGGACGUAGACUCCAAGGCUCAGAAGUGUGUCCCUAUCCGUCCGUAGAGACCAGAAGCCGGGCACAGAGGUACUGUGGUCUGGGACGUCGCCCUGGACCACAGGGAAAGGUUUAAUACCGGCUUUGGUUAUGUGCCCUUACUGUUAGGCUUUCUCACUGUGUCUAGAAACACAAGUAGAGGUGCUGAUCCUUUGUAUUUCUGUUUUUGCCGCACACUAGAGUAGUUGGGUAGUGUUUUGUUUUAGGAAUUUUUCAUUAGACUCUUCGCAUCAGUCAUUAUAAAGAAAGCUCCACUUCAUUUUAAGGAGUCCUCUUUUUUGUUAUAUGUGCUUACUGAUUUGAUUUGACAGCAUCUGGCUGCCCUUUUCUGUUGUUUCGUUAGUAUUAUCCAUUGUCUUUAAAAAUAAAUCCACAUUUAAUUUA